GGGAAGUCAUCAUCGGCAACUGCGUCCCUAUCGUCUUCUCUCUGUGUUUUGGCUGUGAGGUUUUCGCAUUUUAAUCACUUCUCGGGCACCUAUUUUCAUUAAAUUAAAUUUUUUAAUACGAUACUUAUUUGCUUUUCGAUUUCAAAGCACCUAAGCAAACUCUAGUUGAAUACUUAAAUCAUACAGCACCACGGCCGCUGUUCACCGCCCUACAACGCUGGGUUGGUUUGUAGUAUUGAGGAGACAUGAAGCUGGACGUCGACGUUUUACGUUAUCUAUCGAAGGAUGAUUUCAGGGUUCUCACUGCCGUCGAGAUGGGCAUGAGGAAUCAUGAGAUUGUGCCUGCAGAGCUCGUGGACCGUAUAGCUUCUCUCAAGCAUGGAGGCACUUAUAAGGUUUUGAAGAAUUUGCUCAGACAUAAGCUUCUGCACCAUGACUCUUCCAAAUAUGAUGGGUUUCGGCUCACUUACCUUGGCUAUGAUUUUCUUGCAAUUAAGACCUUGGUCAAACGGGGAGUGUUUAUGGCUGUUGGCCGCCAACUUGGGGUUGGAAAAGAGUCUGAUAUCUUUGAGGUUGCAUGUGAAGACGGUACAGUUUUGGCAAUGAAGUUGCACAGACUUGGUAGAACAUCAUUUAGGGCAGUCAAAUCCAAGCGCGAUUACUUGAGGCAUCGAAGCAGUUAUAACUGGCUCUAUUUGUCCCGCCUUGCUGCACUGAAGGAGUUUGCUUUUAUGAAGGCUUUGGAAGAACAUGGUUUCCCUGUUCCCAGUGCUGUGGACUGUAAUAGACAUUGUGUGAUUAUGUCUCUUGUCCAAGGUUAUCCACUUGUGCAAGUGAAGGAAUUGCAAAAUCCAGAAACUGUUUUCAACACUAUUCUCGGUAUUGUUGUUCGUUUGGCAGAACAUGGUCUCAUUCAUUGUGACUUUAAUGAAUUUAACAUAAUGAUUGAUGAUGAUGAGAAGAUAACAAUGAUUGAUUUUCCACAAAUGGUGUCUGUAUCUCACCAGAAUGCACAGAUGUACUUCGACCGCGAUGUUGAAUGCAUCUUUAAGUUUUUCAGAAAGAGGUUCAACAUGUCCUUCCAAGAGAACACUGAUGAUGCUGAUGGUUCUGACAUUGAGGCAGAUGAAAGUAAUAGGCCCACAUUUUCUUCAAUAUCUAAAGCUUCUGGAUUUCUAGAUAAAGAGCUUGCUGCCAGUGGAUUUACGAGAAAGGAUCAGGAUGACAUUGAGAAAUUCAUUGGAGACGUUACCGGGAAGGUUAUAGGUUCUGAUGAUGAAGGAACUGAUGAUGGAAACGAUACGGGUUCAGAUGAUGAAGGAGCUGACAAUGAGCAUGACUCUGAGUCCAAGGAAGCAGAUGAUAUCGGUGUUGGUUCUUUACGCUUGGUGGAUAAGGAUGAGUCAACUCUAAAGUGCAAUGAAGAAGAUGAAAAGGUGCAGAUUCAACAGAACUGUGAAAUAGGCCAAGAAAGUGGACUUCAAACUCAAGAAGAGAGUGUGGAGGAGGAAGAUAAUGAUACCCUGAAUGAACAUGAUGCUGAACUUACAAAGCGGAUUGAAAAGCAGAGAAGGCGUGCUGUAGCAGCAGCCCGUGGGGGACGGAAAUCUCUUUCGUCAAGAAAUUCGUACAAGGACAAGGGUGGCAAAUCCUCACACAAUUCCAAAAUCCAAAAGCAAUUAAGCAACUGGUGAAAAAUAUUAAGGCAUAGAACCUGCCAAUUACAAAAGACUAAAGCUAUUCACAGAAGCUAUAGUUUAAGCACCUCUGUAUGUGACAAUAGGCAAGACAAUGACACUGCUCCACAAAAAUAGCCAGGUGCGGCUGCAGAGCUUGAAUUUGCAUAAGAUUUUGUUUUGCUUUUGUUUCUUGCUUUCCUUUGUUGGAUACUGCAGCUUGCAACAAUUUUGACGUGUUAUAGUGUAGCAUAUAUAUAUUACAUUUAUAUUGCAGCUCUUUCAGUGCAACCUGUAAUUUAAAUCUUUGAGGUGAAGUUAAUUGUUGAAAUGAAACUUUGAUGAGUUGUGAUA